GCAAUAUGUCAAAGAACAAGAUUUUCGUAAACAAUCAAAGAAAAUUUUAAUUUUCUUACUUUUUCCCUGUCCAGAUGGAAGUGAAAAUGCAGCACCGAUCACGGGCGCAUAUGUUCCAGAUACAAGUCAGAGCACUGAUCAAAACACUCAAAUGUCUCCAGUCGGACGAUAAAUACCAGGCCCUGCUGUUUCUUAUCUCGGCAAUCAAGCUGUACGUCAAGUUUCUGUACAACGAUUGCCAGGAACGCCUAUAUAAGCCCGCAAUACUCAAAGAGUUGAACAACAUCGAGAAUGUGAUCGUAGUGAAUCUGCUCAAGACGCGUGGUGCGGGUACUGCGUCUGCAUCGGCGUCAUCAGUGGCAACCGCACGCACGAGUGCAUCUUCCUACGGUGGUGGGUUGGCCAGCACAACCCGUCUCGACCUCGGCGGCACGAGCAUACGAAGUACGGACCUAUCGCUUGGUGGCGAUGGGUUGCUGAUGAUGCAUCCACAUCGCACCCAACCGCACCCGCCGCUCAUGCCCUGGGACUUACGGGGGAAGCUAUUGCGCGGUAAUCUAUUCGACGGCCUGCCCCCGACCGACAGCGUCCGCUUAGGGGCAAAUAUCAGUGCGGCCGCCUGCAGUUCCCUGUUGAAAGGAGGCCAACGUCUCGCGAGUGCUGGCCGGUGGUUGGGCAACGUCCGGAUGACACGCGCACUGGUGCGAAUGAUCGCGAACCAUGAUUUCAAGCUGCUAUUUAACAUGUUCGAGCAGAGUAUAUUUCCGACGUGGAAAAUCUACAAAAACGAGCGAAUAUUCGUGCGAAAACGGCCCGCCCUAACGACGGUUACCGUCCGAACGUCUCUGCCAGCCAUCUGCUACGGCAGCGGCUCGUCGCACUCGCCACCCGCAACCUACAUCAAGAAGGAGGAGUUUGAUUUCGAUCCACCGUAUUCGAUCGCAGACGAUCACUGCUUCGAGGAAAUUAAAGAUGAAGAUGACGACGACCUGCUGCUGAUGAAGGAGGACGAUUCGAUCGACAUUUCGAACGAAAUCUUCUCGGAAGAGGAAUCGUCCACCAAUAACACCUCGCUGAUGCUUUCGUCCGACACAAACACGCUGGACACGAACGACUCAAGCAUGGUUUCGCAUGAAAGAAACAAGGAACAGAUCUACCAGUGCUUACUUUGUGAUAAAAGCUAUAGGAAAAGAAAAUCUCUCGUCAUCCACUUUAAUCUCCAUCCGGGAUACUGUCCCGAUUGUGGGAAGCAACGUGGGGUAACAUCGGAUGAAAUCGUUGAACAUAAUCGAAUCUAUCACAAAAAUCGACCUCACAUCUGUGAACACUGUGGCGAAACGUUCACCCGCAACCAGCAGUAUCAGAUACACGUCCAGGGGCAUUUUAUUAGCCAAAAGCGGGUCGCGGAACAAAACUGUAAAAAAAUCCACAAACACUGCUGUAAAACAUGCGGCAUCGUUUUUAACAAUCAGAAAUAUCUCGAAAAGCACAUCCAGAAAACGAACCAUCAGAUGGAAGGCGUGGUGUGCGAAAUCUGCGGUGCAAUAUUCUGUAAUAGUAUGAAACUGAACCAUCACGUAACUCGAAUGCAUAACAAUGUGUUCUCACAAAAGGCAUCCUUAGAAAGGAACAUGCUGCUACAGCAGACGAGUACCAGCGUUGUGGAAAAAUCCUACUGUUGCGAUCACUGCGGGUUGUCGUUUCUAUCGCAAACAACCCUUCGGGAUCACAUAAAGCUUGCUCAUACAUCGGUUCCGGAAGAUAAUAAGUUCGAGUGUAACAUCUGCAAUAAACUGUUCGCCGCCAAGCGGUCGCUCAAACGCCAUAAACUUUGCCAUUCGGAAGAGAGGGCCUUCCGCUGCACGGUGGACAACUGCAAAGAUGCAUACAAAAAUCAAUCGCACCUAGCGCGUCACAUGAAAACCGUGCACCACAUCGAGCCCCAGAAGCGACUGCCGAAAGGGAAGGCCGCCGCCGCAACCGCUGCUGCUGGUGGUGGUGCAGGUGGCUCUUCUGGCGGUACCAGCGCCACGCUGUCCACCUCCACCACCGGCGAUCCGUCACGGGCGUCCUCAGCCAGUGCCGACUUCAUUAGCCACGGUAUUGGCGACGGAGUGACGAUCGGUGGUGGUUCAUGCGAUUCGUUAAAGGUCGGUGGUGGUGGCGUUGGCGCGUUGAAAAAGUCGGCCCUCGGUAGCAGCGAAAAAUCGCUCGGCGACAGCAGUACCAACUUCAGCGACAAUAUGUCUUCGUUUAAUUACGAAUUUUCUGACACGACGGGUGGUGGCAGUUCGACACCGGCCCUUCCAUCGCUUGGCGGACGGGACGAAGGUACACCAACGCUACUAUCGUCCGCGAUGCUCGGCGGAAGUGGUUCAACGAUGGCUCCAAGAUCCCAAGCGGGUGCAUUCAAUGAUCCUGGAAUAAGUUUUGCAUCGACAAGUAAGCAACAGCAACACAACCAGCUGCAACAACAGCACCUUAGCUGGCAAAACCUGGAGUUUGGCUCGGUUCCGCAGCAUCGGUCUACAACACUGGCAGGUGGUGGUGGACCUCCAACUCAGCCCAUGCAAGACCCAUUGGCCACACAAGGCAGCUUUCUGGACACCGGGCAUCCGCAACACCACAAUCUCCACCACCAAGCGCACCACCCAUUAGGACCGGGAUCGAUGGGUGAUCCGAUGGGUGGUGCUGGUGCUGGUGGAGGGGUUUUUAUGGCCUCCUCCAAUAUGAUGCCAGGUGGUGCGAGACGUUUCCCUCUUCCAGAUACCACUCUGACCUGCGAGCACUGCGACGAAACGAACUUUGUUAAUGCGCAACAGUUUCAGGUGCACGUUCAGGAUCAUUUUGUCGUGAAGGAGGGCAAGGAACCCGCGGGCAAAAAACUGCUCCGAUUGAUAUGCAAAACAUGUAACCUGGUGUUCGCCACUGGCGCCCAGCUCGAUCGACACAUCCAGAAGACGAACCAUCACACGGAGAGCAUCGCGUGCGAGAUCUGUAGUGCAAUAUUCAACUCCAACCUCAAGGUCUAUCAGCACAUGCUAAAGUGCCACAAAAACGACAUUUGGUUUGCGUGCGAGCAGUGCUCGAAAGUUUUCAUAUUGAAGCAGGACUACGAUAAACAUCAGCUGGUGCACCAGACAGUCACGGACCGAUCGAUCAUCUGCGAGCAUUGCGCAUCGUCCUUCCUCACGCAGGAAGCCCUCAAAGAACAUAUCAAAAUAGCGCACUCAAUGGACAAAAAAUACAAGUGCACCAUCUGUAACAAACUGUUCGCCGCUCGGCGGUCGCUCAAGCGCCACAAACUUUGCCACGAGGAGGAGGCCGCCUUCCGGUGUCCGAUCGAUGGAUGCACCGAAGCAUUCCGUACGGCGGCGAACUUAGCGAAGCAUAAAAAAAUGGCUCACCCGGCAGGUAUAGUGGCAGCCCCGACAUCCCAGGUUCCCGGAUCUAUCGUUCCCGGAGUGAUGGUAGCACACGAUUCGAUGGGUGAAUCACCCCACGUCGCUACCAAACUGCCAGGUACGAUGGCCGGUGGUCCGCUCCCAGCCACGGCAUCUGGAACCAUGAAGGUAUUGGAGAAGGUACACCAGGAACCGGCUGUGCAAAACGCCGGCGUAGGCCAGGUCAUGGCAGGUCAUCAUGGUACGAACCCGCUCAUGGCUGUUGCUGCGGGAAUGCUAAAAACCGAACCCCGUCCAUCGCCUAGUAUGGGUAUGGUGGUGCCCCCCUCGAGGACGAGCAGUGCAGGAAGUAGCGUCGGGUUGGGCGGCAAUAACACAAACAGUGGCAGCGGGGCGAAUUUGCCCUACAAUCCAUACGAGGCGCAAGGUGCCAUGCACUACAACAGUGUUGGACUCGGAGUUUCACCGGGAUCGAAUAUAGGUCCCGCUGGGCAUGGUCAUCAUGCGGCCCUACAUCACCAUCACCAUCAUUUGCAACAACAACAACAGCAACAGCAGCAUGGAGGAAAUCAACAUCAUUCAUCACAGCAGGCCCUUCCGCAUCAUCACUCGCAAUCUCAGUUCGUUGGCAUGACGAAUCCAGCCGGUGCGGCCGGCCUGCACUACACGUCGGCACACGGUGGCUCCCGGGGUGGUACGGGUGGCACCUCGGGUAAUCUCGAACAACAGCAACAGCCCUCAACGGUUGGCUAUCGAAUGGCCGGCGAAGGCGGUGCGAGUGUUGGACCCUCUGGUGGCAAUACUGGAAACAUUCCUUACGGUUACGCUCAAAUGGGUAAUGCGUACGAUUGGCAAAACAUGGCUGAAAUGGGCAACCAGAACGCAGGUGUGGAGACCGGUGGAAUUGUUGGUGGUGCGAAUGCCGGACAAACGCAAGUUUCUUCUGCAUCCGCCAGCGCAAUGAAGGGUGCUGGUAGUAAAUAUUACAGCGCAAUCCACGAAAAUAACCCUGGCGGUGCUGGUGCUAGUGGCGGUGUAGGUGCGGCUAGUGGCGUAGCCACGACCUCCGGGUUUCUUUCUCCGCAGCAACUGCAACACCAAUCGCCUCACCAAUCGCACCAUUUACAACAAUCUCAACUUCAACAGCAACAGCAACAACAGCAGCUUCCACAUCAUCCUCAGCAGGCACAAGCAGGUGGUGUACAAAGCAAGUCAUCUCAGGAACAUUCUCAACAACAACAGCAACAGCAGCAGCAGCAGCAUAUGAUGAAUAUGAACAAUCAGGAGAUGAUGGGAUAUCAGGACAUAUGGAAUGCCAAUAUGAUGAAGAUGGAAUUUCAGGAGGAAGGAACUGGUGGUAACGGCAACAGCGGGGCGUACAACAGCUUGGGAAAUAUCUUGACAAACCUAGAAAUGAUUGGCGGCAGUAGUAACUUCGAGUCACAAGCACAACAACAACAGCAACAACAAAGCUAUGAUAUGAUACCUGCUUCCCGCACAAGCGCCGAUCCUCACGUUCAGUCACGAGGACCGUCUGCACAAUCACCUGCCGCAUUAGCGCAACAGCAAGUACAACAACAGCAUCACCAGCAGCAACAACAGUUACAUCAACAAUCUCAUUCGAAAGGAGGUCAUUUUCAUAGUAAACAACAGUCACAACUCCCAAGUCAUGCUCACCUACUAUCGUCGGUCGAACCGGGACAGAUGGUGAAUCAGCAGCAUCAUCAGCAUCAGCAACAAUUGCACCAUCACCAUCAUCAGCAGCAGCAACAGCAGCAACAGCUUCACCAUCACCAUCAUCAUCAUCAUCAAGUUGGGGCGCCUAACCUCGGAACAAUGCCUCAUUCGAAGUCGCUCGAUCACUAUCAGGAUGCAAGUUCCGCUUCUACCGCAUCUGCUGCUGCUGCUGCAACCCCAAUGUACGGCAUGAACGUAGGGUGCAUGCAAAGACAUUCGAUCGACCAACCGUACCAUUUUACGCCAAAUACGAUGUACGGCGGUCACUUUGCACCGGUAGCACCAUACGAGGAAACUCUUAAUGAAAUGUGUGCUGUUGGAGGAGGAGGUGGAGGACGAGGCGGUGGACCCGGUGGUGGUGGAGUUUUCGUUAACAAUCUCCACCCUUAUAAUAACGUUCCAGGCACCAAUGGUCGCUAUAAUCCGAUGUCGAAUUUCCCGACGAUGGCGGCGGGGUCGGUGGCCGACGCGAUGUAUGGCAUGAUGAACGGAGUUGGCGGUGCGGAAAUGAAGCAGAACGGCAACCUUAUGGAAGGCGGUGGUUGCUACCGACAUGCGGCUUUGAAUGGAGGUUCGUUCGUGGGACACCCUCUGUUUUCUGCCUACCAUGAACAAAUGCACCCAUCUUACUACAUGCCGGAUCCAUCGAAGGUGCCGUCUGGUACUAAGCAACAUCUUGGCUCAUCGAGCUAUGAUACUAGUUCGUCGUCGAUGGCCACCCAAACGGCCUAUCCGAGCGCACCCCAACCGGGAGCGUCAAUUUUGAGUAGUAAGAAAAAAAUCUACAAUGACUACGACGUACCGCAGUCGUCUUCAGGAACCGGUUUACGAUAUGGCAGCGAGCAGAAAUCGGUCGGCGGUGGUGGCAAAAAGCUUGAUCGGUACCACAAAAACGCGGAGUUACUGAUUGACUACGAGAGUGACAUGCUUCCGGAAGCAUUGGUCGAGCGAAACAACCAGAAGGAGUACAGCGGUCAUCAUCAUCAUCAUCAUCACCACCACUUGCACCAUCAGACAUCGCGCAAUUCUCGCCAGUCGGACUUUGAUAGCUACGAGGACGAGCAACAGCAACAGCAGUUGCAGCAUGAACCGAGCAGUGUGAAUCGUCGCAAGAAUCAGGACGGCAUUGGGUGCUACGAUUCAUGGAAUUUCGUCUACGAAAAUCUUCAAAAGCAGGGCUACUCGAAGGAUUUAGGCGAGCGGGGCGACUUUUUCACCGACGAGCUUGGUGUCGAACGACAGGGAGUAGAGGAAGAGGAUAUGGCUGCCCUUCGACGACCCCGUGCUAAGGUUCCGGAGAAUGACCCUAACGGGGGUAGCCGAAGAGAAUCGACCAGUGGCGGCAGCACCCUGCGUCGCGGUCAGAACGAGAAGCUUAAGGCAAUGAAAGCGAAGGCUGCAGAUAAGGUGGACGGAAUUGUGCGCCAAUCGGGGAGUACCGCUUCAAACGCGACAAUUAAACCAGAGCGGAAACACGAGCGACAGUCUUCGGCCGGCGGAGGACCGGCAGGUAGUGGUGGUUCUUUAGUGCAAAAAAUGGCCAAAACAUCCAUCUCAUCCCGACAACACUCCGGGGAAGAUCUGCUCGGAUUGGAUCAGCAUCCGCAAGCUGUUGCGACCGGGUCGACAAGCAGCAGAAGAAAUUCGGUCACCAAAAAGCAAACGACCGCCCUAGCAGCUGGUCCCCCCGGAUCAUCGACAUCCGUACCACCCAAAGAAAGCAAUAAUAAUACCACCACCACAGGAAUUUUGGUCAAUCAUCAUCACCCUCAUCAGGCAACACCGUCGGCAUCAUCAAUGUCAACGGCCACGACUACAACGACGACCCUGGGACAGAAGAAGAAAACGGCCACCUUCGACACCGGUGCGGUCACGAUCAUCAAUCCCUCGCCGACGUCAAUACCGACCACCGGGGCGACGUUAAGCAGCGAAUGGAAUUGCAAUUUCUGUACCUUUCUUAACCCGGAUGGCAAACGCAUCUGUGAUAUGUGCUCGAAGAGCCGCGACUUCCGGCUCGACGGAGCCAACGCUAGCAAUGGAACGGCAACCUGUGUUUAAAUGGGUGUAUGUGUUUGCGCGUUCACGGUAAGAAUGGGAAUUCCACAAUGGAUAGGAAAGCAAGCAGAGGCAGCGAGAGAGGGUGGGGGAAGGGGAAAACAGACCUUCCGUUAUGGUGGAACUAGAUAAGGUUGCCAUUGAUUUAGAGAGAGAAAGAGAGAGCGAGAGAGAAAGAGAGAGAGAGAGAGAGAGAGAGAGAGAGAGAGAGAGUUUUUAUGUAUGUUAACCUGUGUUUCGAUCUCCCAUGUUUCUAACUAUUCUUGGAAUGUUUACUUCUUAAUCCUUCGUCUUUAUGGCGACCCUCUUUGCCUUGAUGGCCAUAUUACAUGAUUAUUUUACUUCACUUGCGUUGUUGACUUGUGCACUUGGCCGAAAAAGGAAGGUCCAAUAAUUUAAUAACUUGUUUAAACUAACUUAAAGAAUUAGAUACAAAUUGUUAUUAUUCAAAACUCUACACCUUAGUCUGCAGAAAAAAAUCGUUUUACUUUCACCGCAGUAGUAUUGGGUUACUUUUCCACCACAUUUUCCUAGCUUCAAUGAAGUAGAAAAACAAAAUAAAGCAAAGGACAGUUACCAUAAGCGGUGUUUGGUGGAUCAAGAACUGCUCGCCGAGCUAUUGAUGCGCGAUUGGAAAUCAUUUGGAUUUUGGUCAAUAAUAUACAUACAAAUAUAGUUCAUACAUCAUCUUAAAACGUUAAAAUAAAAUUAAAAAAAAAAACAUAAAACGGGUCGAUUGGUCAAACCAUAUUUCGGAAGAUAGUAGAACGAGAAAGUGAGAGGAGCUUUAAAAAAAAAAUAUAUAUAUAUAUAACACAAAAGCGGAUCGUUGCUCAAAGAUUCACCUGACUCCAUUUCCAGGGAAGAUGAGUACCGGGGAAAAGCGACUAUGAGUACCGAUUUUUGGAAGAUGGAUGUUGUAAGAAAACCAAUCACUUUGAUAAAAACAGACAUUAAAAGAAAGUUGGGAUCGACAAUCGUGUUUUGCAAUUUCAUAACUUCCUAAAUGGGUUUGUUCUGCGGGUUUCGAGGCCAUCGGUGUAAACGGAUGGAAGAAUAAAAAAAUGGGCGAAUGGUACCGCGGUACACGCAUCGUAUUGUUUUUUGACAUUGAAAAAUACAACCAAAUUAUAUUAAAAUAGUUAUUACUUCUUUAACGGGAGACGGGAAAGAUCGAAAUGAUAGUAGGACAAACGAUUACUGCGCUCUUGUUAGGUCGAGUUAAUUUGGAGUCCGACCCGGAAAGCAGAUACUAGUCAGAUACGAGCAGAAGCAGGGAACCAUGAAUAAAACGGCUAGAAUAGCUGAAGUAAUUGGCGAUUUGAUUCAAAUCAAACAACAAGCAAAAAUAAUAUAUUGAUUGUACAUCCAAACGAUUGUUAUACACUACUAUAUUUAAUUAGAAAACUAUUUUUUAGUUUGUCGUCGAUGUUAUAAAACACAGGAUGAAAAUUGGAUUAAUAUUUACUGGUAGAACGAGAAUCGCAUAUGGACGACGAAGAUACCCAGAGCCGAAACAACAAGGGUACGGGAAAAAGUGAAACAAUGCAAAUAGAUAUUAUAUAAUAUUCUAUUUCUACAUUUUGUAGCAAAUUUCUUAACUAUCAAGCGACUAUGGACAAAAACUGUGAAGGAAAAUCCUACAAACCAGAUCGCAACUUAAACUAAUACCAACCAAGUCGCUAAAAGUAACUCUAAAAGAUCGUAUAAUUAAAACUUUGUGCUCUCCAAGAAUGCAUAAAAGGAAUAUCUGAAGGAAGGAUAAUCUGAAGUUGAAUUAUGAAUUUCGGAUUAGAAAGAAGGGUGAAACUGUUUCGCUUAUUAUAGAUUUUAAUAAAACAAAAUGAUCCAUUUCUUUGUUUGCUGUUGAU